CCCUCAAAAUAACAAACAACGAUAAAAUCCCCAAAGUACUUCAAUGAAUUAUAACAAAAACAACAACAGCGGCAAGAAGAAAACCAAAAGCUGAAAGAGAAAAAAUACCUUAAAAAUAAAAAAGCAAACAGCCACAAGAAGACAGAGUUGAUAAAGAAUUCUCCCAAAAAAAAGUAGAUAAAAAAACAGCCAUAAACGAUUACAAAAACUGCAUGCAAUAACAACUACAACAAGAAUACGCUUAAAAUUCAAACAAAAAAACACCGACAACCGACAAAUUGAAGCCACAACCGGAACAUACACCAAAAAAGUAAUUUUGCCAUAAAAAAGUCAACAUUUUAAGCAAAAUCCAAAACCAAUAAAAAACAAAAGUGUAGCGCUGAAAAACGUGCAGUCACAAAAAGCAAGCGAUUAAAUUUGCAUUAACUGCGGGCGUAACAAGUAUAAGCAACAACAACAACAACAGCCAUUAAAGCAAAUAGAACCAAGCAGCAGCGUGCAAAAAGCGAUUCGCACGCAAAGGAUCAGUAACCAAUAACAACAACAACAGCAAUAACACAAAAAUAACACGUUCAUUAUAAUUAAAUUAUCACGACGCGAUUAAAAAACCAACAACAACAUCAAGAUAUCAACGUCCCCAUAAUUACGGCAAGAACAACAACAACAACAGUAACAACCAGCGCAAAUUUUAAACGUUGACAACGCUGCAUACAUUAAACAUACAUCCUACCUACCUACAUACAUACAUAAAUAAGUACGUCUGCGGCAGCAGUAAUAGCUGGGCACAUUGCAAAUAAAUAUCCAUAUUUGCGUUAAAAUACCCUACAACAACAACCAAACAAUUAUAAUAACAACAAAGCAACAAAAUGCAUAUAGAAAUUCAAGUGGCAUUAAAUUUCGUGAUUUCGUAUUUGUAUAAUAAACUGCCAAGGCGACGUGUGAAUAUUUUCGGAGAGGAACUCGAAAAGGCAUUGAAGGAUAAGUUCCAAGGUCAUUGGUACCCAGAGAAGCCAUUCAAGGGUUCCGCAUUUCGUUGUUUAAAAACUGGUGACCCGAUUGACUCGGUUUUGGAGCGCGCAGCCCGUGAGAGUGGCGUACCAAUUGCUGAUAUUUUAGAAAAUUUGCCAGCUGAGCUCUCGGUAUGGGUGGAUCCUGGUGAGGUGUCAUAUCGUAUUGGCGAAAAGGGUGCUGUGAAGAUUCUCUACUCGGAAAAUAGCGACAAUCAUGAAGACAACACAUCGGCCGAUCGCGAGGUCAAUAAGACUUUUAACCCUGAAGCGCAAUGCUUCCGGCCCAUCGAUGCGGUUAAUACGAGCAUGAAUAGUUUGAGCCUGAGUCCGAAGACAUCUCCGCAUGCGGGUUCUUCACCGCAUUCGGCUUCCUCCAAUUCGCCCACCUACAAGGGCAGUCCCAAUCCUGCUGUGGCGGCCAAUGGCUCAUUUAUGCAGCGUACACAAGCGCCACUAACAUUCACCACAGCCACCUUUGCGCAGACGAAAUUCGGCAGCACCAAAUUGAAAACCAGUUCCAAACGUACCAAUAGCAGCAGUUCGUAUCGCAUGUCGCCCACAGAAUUCUCCAAUUACAUUAAACAACGUGCCAUGCAACAACAACAGCAACUACAUCACGGCGGCCAUGGUGGACAGAAUGUAGCGCAGCCACCGAAUCACUUCGGUCCCAUCGGACCCGUCUCCCCAGCACGCUCACUCUCACCGAAUCCACUCUCGCUGGGCUUGGGACAGAAUGGUGCCACCGCCGAUCCCUUCUACUUCCCCAACAUGGCCUCAAUGGGCAUGUAUCCACAAUUCAAUGGACAUCGAAAUGUCUUCGACGCGCAUUUCCAUGCUGCCGAAAAUAAUGGGCUGUAUGCUGGUAACGCUGGCGGCGCCGCCAACAACCCACCCAACGGCGGUCAUGGCAAAUUCAACAACUACUUAGAUCCACAUGGCUUCUACGGAGUGGGCGGCGGUAAUCAGCAUUUGCAACAAUCAGCUGCAGCCGCUGCCGCCGCCGCUGCUGCUGCUGCAGCUGCCGCAGCAGCUCAUCAGCAGCAACAACAGCAUCAACAAUCGUCAUUGGCGCCACCGCCAGGCGUUAUUGGUUCUGCAUUGGCAGCGCAGCAGCAGCAUCAACAACAACAAGCAAAUGGCAAAGCCAAAAAUGGCCUUGAUAAGAACGCAGUUGACAGCGCCAAUGGCGGCAACAACAACAACAACAACAGCAAUAAUGGCAUUACCGUAACUGUUACGAAUGGCGUCAGCGCCGAAGCAACAAACAAAGCCACCAACAAUGCAGCCAAGAGCGCUGUCGCCGCUGCAGCAUCCUCUGCAGUUAGUCCGUCGCCAUUAGCUGCAGCAGCUGCUGCUGCCGUAGCAGCCAGCGCUGCCGCCGCCGCAGCUGCCAAUAGCAAUAACCAACAGCAACAACAACAAGACUCAAACAACUCGAAACUUAUCGAUGGUCUCAAUUCGUUCUAUUCCAAUGCAGCUGGACCCUACCAGCAGUUGCUGGUGGCCAAUUAAGGCGUUUCGAAUUGCGGGCAGAGCGCAUGAAAGGGGGCGAGGGAGAGAUAGGGCGAAAGAUAGGCGGUGGAAAGUGCUGUGAGAAGGAAGAUCGACUAGAAGGAAGAAUAGCAUAUUUUUUUAAAAGCUUAUUUUUUAGAACUAUUGCAAAGACGUGAAAAUAAUACUACUACAAAUAUGUAUUUGUAUGUAUAAAAACAAAAAAUUUAGCAAAUUGAUAAAUGAUAUAUGUAUAUGUAUGUAUGUAGAUAGUCGAGCGAGAGGCAGCAAGCGUGCGGAGCAAAGCGCAACUUUUUUGUAAAGGAAGAAAAACUAGCUAAAUAUAAAAAGCAACUAAAUACAUCAACAAAUCUUGUAGUAAAAACAUACAUACAAAUACGGAAAAACUUACAUACAUAUGUACAUAAUAUGUAGCAAGUAAAUGCAAAAACCAAUACAUCUGCAUGUGUAAGCAUAUAUAUAUUAGCAAAAAGCUGAUAUAGCUAAAACCAAAUUAUAUGAAUUAAAACAAAAACAACAAAUGCAAGAGCAGAAGUGAAGAAAAACUAAAGCAGUGCAUACAAAUAUAGGAGUAUAAUAUGCGCUUUGCAAUCGAACAGGCUAAAGGAGGGGAGAUUUUGUAAUUAUAUAUAUAUAUAUAUAUGUACUACGUGUUGGAGCAUAAGGCGGGCACUGGAAAUGCAAAAAAGCGCUAUUUUUUAGAAAUAAAUUAGGCAAGGAUAUCUAACCUACAAGUAAAACACUAUCAGCAUAGUAUAAAAAAUUCAAGUCGUUUUUUUAUUAACUAGUUGUAAUCGAUAAAAAAGAAAAUGGAAAUAGAAAUAGAAAUAGAAAAACAAAAAUAAAAAAAAGAGACAUACAUACAUAUGUAGAAGAAGAAAAGGAAGAAGUAGAAGAAACAAUAUAACAAUUGCAGAAAAAUUGCAAUAUACGCAAAUAAAGUCUUAUAUAUUAUAAUAAGUUUUAAAAUUAGUCAAAAGUGAAAUUCGUUUGCUGUUUUUUAUACCCACACAUUUUUCUAAUAUUCAAAUGUUGUAUUAUGUGAGAUAAAGAAGAAAACAAUGAGAGAAAAUGUUAAAUGUUUUAUAUAUGUAUAUUAUUGUAUAAAUACUUAUUACUAUUAUAUUACUAUUAUAUUUCUAUUAUUAUUAUUAUUGCUACA